AUGGAUUCUAAUUCUAGGAUUGGAAACGGUGCUAUGAUAGCUGGACAUGAGGCUCGGAGGUCCAGUGCCAUUGAUAAGAGGAAAAAAUUUGCGUGUGUAGAGUGUCGACAGCAGAAGUCGAAAUGUGAUGCUCUCGAAAAGGCUCCAGAACCCUGCACAAAAUGUAGCAAAAAAGGUGUGUCGUGUGUGUUGCAAAAAGAUUAUAGAAGAACAUAUAAGAGGGCCAGACAUCAGUUUAUCGAACAGCGGUUUAAAGAACUGACAGAAUCUUUGAGCGCAUUGAGUGCGAAUGAACUCAUUUCAAAGAUAAAGGAAGAACAUGUAGAGAUCUUGGAUAAUAAAAAUUUUACAAAAGAUAAAAUGGAGCUGCUGAAACAGACUGAAUCUGAUCGCAAGAUUACUGAAAAUAUGUUAGGGCAUCUACAAAGGUUCACUGAUCUUGGAGGUUUUAAUGAAUCAAGUGAUGUGAACUUGAAAGGAAGUGCAGGAAACCCUUCUGCGUUUACUGGAAUGGCUAAAGAUCAACUACAAUCACCUCCAAGAUCUUUAAAUGAAAUAUAUAUGAAUAGUGAAGAUAUUGCAGAGUUGUUUCAAGAGUAUGCUACAAAAUACCAUCCAUUUCUACCCAUCGUGGAUUUAUCCAUGGGAGCAGAGAGAAUUUAUAAACUGUCACCAUGCUUAUUUUGGGUUAUUAUGUUGAUUGGGCUACGACGUAGAGUUAAUUCCACAGAUUUGAUGGCGAGGCUAUCCAUAUCUGUUAAGGCUAUUUUAGCGGAGAUUACAAUAUCACCAAUCAUAAAAUACUCGCCUGCUGAGGAAGAUGAGCCCAUUCUAAAUGAAGCAAGUGUGUACUCAGUUCAGGCCUUUUUAAUAUAUUCUUUCUGGCCUCCAUUGACCUCUUCAUUGAGUGCAGACACCUCAUGGAAUACAAUAGGUACUGCUAUGUUCCAAGCAAUCAGAGUAGGUUUAAAUAGCGCUGCAUUUUCAAACGAGUAUGCUUCCCAUUCGGAACUUACAACAGAAAAACUUAAAACAUGGAUAGCUUGUAAUAUUGUUUCACAAGCUAUAGCCUCCUCUUUUGGCUUCCCUUCAUAUGUGUCAUUUGAUUACUCAGUUAUCAAUUUAACUACGAACUCUAAAUCAAAAAAAUUUCCUUUGGCAAUAGAUCAAAUGGCGCAGAUGGCAUAUUUCGAAUAUCAGAUAGUAAAUACGAUCAAUUCAAAUCCUGGAAAGGCUGAUGCGAUGAUAGGGUUGGCAGAGAAACAACCUCUAUUAAAUGUUCUUUCUCAGCAAUUAAGUCAGUUGGAAUUAAAAUUAGUAGAAGAAGAUGUCGAUGAUAUUAGAAAGUUCUUACUAUUAGUAUCAAAGGUACAUUUAUUAACUACUUUUUUACUAGAUUCAACCAGUGAUAUCACUGAGAUGGAUAGUUAUAAAUUUGCAUUAAUAAAAAAAGAAGUUAAUUUUGAAACAAAGAGGGGUCUAGUGAAGUGUUAUAAUGCAGCCAUUGAGUUAUUAAAGCAUGCUAAUAGGAUGUGGGAAGAUGACCCAAUAGUCGUUAAGUAUUUUCCCGGUGUGUUUGUUUUAAAUAUUUGGCAAGCUGCGUGUAUUAUUAGUAAACUAGUGCAUUCAUCAUUAUCAACUUUUCUUAAUAUCACUGAAGGUAAGGAUGUUUAUCAAAAAGCAGUUAUGAUGACAUUCAAUGCUUCAGUGCUAAAAUAUGAUAUGGCAUACAGAUCCUCGGGUAUAAUGAGAAGUAUUUGGAGUCUGUAUUCUAACAUGUAUGACAGUUGGAAAGCAGACUUGAAUGAUGAAAAUAGAAUUUAUGAAUUUAAUUUAGGAGUAGCAGUCCAAUCCAGAAUGUCUGUUAGUGUUUUUUUCGAUUGUUUGUAUGUGUUAAGACAAAAAUCAGGAAUGGCUAAAUUAGAAAGAGAAAGAGAACGUAAGGAAGCAUACGACAUAGAAGAAGAUGACGAAGAAAUUACGUUGAAAAAAAUUGAAAAGAAAGACUCUGUAAAUAAUAAAGAAGUACUAGGUUCAAGAUCUAAAAUUCUUGGCUUAAAGGAUCCAGAAAGUAAGGCAAGAUCAAUCAUUAAAACUAUUCCAUUGGAUCCGCAACCAAUCAAUGCAACUAGUGUGCCCACAAGUGUAAGCUUAGUAACGACACCAAAUAGUCAUGUUUCUGAAGGGGGUACUUCAACGUAUUCGAUAAAUCAUACCUCAUUGAGCAAUGGUACUGACUUCACUCAAAAUAAAAGAGCAGUGACAACUUCUCCAUACGUUAAAGAUAUAACUUCCGAACGUACAGAAGUUACACCAAGUAAUAUCAAUAAUAAAAAUUCAGUUAGUUCUGCUGCUUCUGCUAAUUCUGCCCCUGCUAUUACUAAUAAUGCUAUUCCAUAUGGUUCAUUAACUGAACAAUUAAAUGUUGGUCAAAAUAAAGUAGGGGCACAUGAUAUAUCUCAAAAAGAAGAGAAUAAUCAACUGCUGAAUCAAAAUUUGGCAAACAUGAUAAAAGACUCACCAAAUUUUGUAAUGGGGAACUGGGAUAAUUGGGAAUCUGACCUUGUAUGGAAAGACGUUGACUUGUUAAUGAAUGAAUUUGCAUUCGAUCCAAGUGUGUAA